AUGAAGACCGUUAUAAUCGCCGUCAUUGGUCCUUCAGGUGCUGGAAAAACUGCCUUCAUCAAGUCACUAACAAAAAGCGCACCGAUAAAUCCAACAGCGAAACCGGUCAUCUCUGAUCCAACCCAAGAUCCAUUCGGUACGGAUGGACCGCUAUCCUCGAAUGUGUCAAAAAUCGCCAUGUACCGGUACGCCCCGAGCAAUUGCAAACGGCCACUCAUAUUCGUUGAUACGCCAUCAAUAACCAUUGACAAAGGGCCCGACAUUGAGACGAUUCGGUCAAUACAAACUCAACUUGAAGGCAGAAAUCACAAACUAAGCGGCGUCAUCUACCUCCAGCGUAUCAUCGACUCGGAUCAGACCCAAAACGCUAUCCGCAACCUGCGGGCAUUCUGCGAAAUCUUCAACCCUGAGAUAUUUCGGCAAAUUGUGGUUGCUACCACAUUCUGGGACGCUGUCUCAAAGAGAGUCGGAGAAUGUAGGGAAGCAGAAUGCCUCGCUGAAGUGUUGGACUGUAUGGGUUUCGCCGAAAAACAGGGCAUCAAGAUAGAAACGGCUCGGCUUCAUAACACGGUCAACUCCAGCAUUGCCUUGAUGAAGAUUUUCCGCCAGAACCACAAAUCUGACGAACAUGAAGAUAUGGAAGAUUCCGAUGCCGUUUCUGAAUUCUUUCAGCUCGUCGAACGGCAAGUAGCCAACGUCCCGUAUAGUCGUAAGUGGUAUGUCUCGAAUGUCCUGAAACGUGGUGAGUGGGAAGAGGAUAAUGCUUGGGAUGUCGCGUCUCAGGAAUCGGACAUGGAAACGGCAGCUGACGGUAAGGACUUGCAGCAGAACUUCCCUUCCACCAAGAUGGAACUUUACUGCAGGAACUGCAAAUGUUUUGUUAUGUAA